AUGGCUAGAAUGAACAAUUUUGGAAUUCCAGCCCCCAAGAGGGUCCCAGCUAUAAACAGUGAAGAGCUGGCCAUGUGUAAGAGAGACCGGGACUUCACGAACAUUCUAGACCUGAAGUUCGAACACCAUAACAAAUUUAUCAGAAACCUGAGGCAGCACGUCGAGCUCUCCCACACCUGGAAAGAGAUUCGAGGAUCCGCGUCUGCUAGAGAAUUCUGCAUUGAUCGGUUUUUGGACAUCUACGGGGCGGAGUACUGGAGUGUCCAGAACCGUAGCAAGUACAUAAUGUCUGAUUCCGUUGCUCGAGGGGACGAAGUUCGCUAUCCCGCGGAUAUAAACGAUAUCAAGAAAACCCUCGUCAUCCUCCUCGAGAAGAAAGCCGACAGUAUUUUAAAAGACACUCAGGUGGAAGAACCUGCGUCCUCGGCAACCCUUCGUUUCUCACGUACACCUGCGCCAGAGAUCACCAGAGAAUCACAGCUAAAUUUCCGGUUCCGCGUCCCGUCCCAGCAACAGCGCAAAGAAGAAGAAGAAGAAGAAGGAAAAGAUGAAGAGGACACAGAAGAUGAGGCACCGCGAUCCUCUGGCUCCCGUCGGCUCAGGAGAGGCAUCGCAACCCGGCCCGACGUUCGUAUCACUCCCCCAAACGACACAAGCUCUCUGACCUCUCUUGACUCCGUCCCCACAGCGGCUACCAAUACUCUUCCUGCAAAUUCGAAAAUGUCAACUCUUAACCUUGUAGAUGAGAGUGUCGCAAAGUCACUUUAUUCAAAAUACCUUCGCGAUACGUUCUUCCUGGUAUCCACAGAUCAGAACCAGGUACACGCUGCUCCAGCCUGGGUCAAGUUCCAGAGCUUCAAGUCCGCGUCUACCUUCCUCUUAGACAUGGGCCGUGAACUCGGGCUCGAAAAACAGUGGUGGACGCCCGAUGCCCAGAUGGAAGUUGAAGGUGGUGCUAGGGCUCACCAAGCUGACUAUGUCUCCGCGGCGCAGGGCGUCAUCGCCAUGGCGUCUGUCAAGUUUAUGUGGUCAGAAGAAGAGGUUUUAGUACGCUGGGGAAAUGAUAAUGAUUGGGGAAUCGUGAUUCAGUUUAUCCAGAAGGCCUGGGUAGCUAAAGAAUUUGGCCUUGGAGCUUUUGAUCUUUUUAAAGUUGGUGUUGUUAUUCACCUUGAGCUCUAG